GAAUUGCUUAUUUAUUUAUUCAGUAAGCUAAUAAUUCAGUCAGACGGUCAGUUGGUUGAUUUGUUAGUAAUCAACCUUUUUUCUAUAUAUUCCCUGAAGAAGUGGUAGUGGUGAUGGAGGUUAAUGGCAGCAGUGGUGGUAGUGACGUUAGUGUUGUUCAUGGUUGCAAUUUGGUGGCAGUAUUGUUCAUGGUAGUUAAGGUGGUGAUGGUUUAGCAGUGAUAGUGGCGUUGAUAGCAGCGGCAGUAAUGUUGAUGGUAAUUAGGCGCCGUAAAUGCACCAGUACAUAACCACCUGUUGUAGUGAAGGCAGCGAACACGUUAAUGACAUGCUUGCCAGAGUGUUAAUAGCGCUAAUCAUCCUAAUCACCACAGAAUGGAGCUCCUUAUAAUUACAGUGAUUGUGGAGGUGCUGCUUGUGAUGGUGGUAGUGUACUGACGGCGCAUGAUGAAUGUGUCAUAACUCACAAUAGUAAUGAUGUGGCGGGCAGUAGUGGUAACGGUGUUGGUUAUGGAAAUGAUAGUGGAAGCGGCUGGCGAUCGUAAUGGUGGUGGUCAGCGUGGUGGUGCAGGGAGCCGUGGUGGUGUUGGAGGUGACGUGGGUGAUGAGAGUCCGGCAAUGUGGUGACGGUGAUGGGAAUCGUAGAAACUGUAGUGGAGAUGAAAGACAGUAGUGGUUGUGGUGAUAAGGAAGUAGUGUAGUGAUGGAGAUGCCGUAAUGUAGUGGUGGUGGUGAUGAUGGUGGUGGUGGCCAGUCAUCAGUGCGUGUCUGAGUUUAAGUAACGCUACCUACAACACGCGUUCUGACCUCCUCGUGUGUGUGUGUGUGUGUGUGUGUGUCAGGAGGGAAAGAAACAGAGCGAAACGAAAAAAACGCAUGCAGUAUUUUGUCAUUGUUUCUUUUCUCUUUUUCUUUCUUUCUUGCGGGAGGAAACUUGAAGAAAAUAAAUAUAAUGACAAUAAUAACAUAGAUAACAACAUAAAUACCGCUAAAUUGAAACUUACAGUAACAUAAACAACUAACCAGUAAAAAAACAGAAAACACAAACACGCAAGCAAGCAAACAAAUAAAGUAAACAGAUAAAAAAACAACCAGAGGCAAGUCCAGUCACUCACCUCGUCAAGUAUAUGUUAAGAAGAAUCAGUUGCUUCAUCACUGCUUCAUUCACUGCUUCACUUUAACCAGGCUUCCUUCGGGCGGGUUCACGGGUUAGUAUUAGAGGUCACAGGUCACUAGGCUGAGGUGAGGGAGGUGAGGGAGGGCUUUGGGGUCGAGACAGAGAGAUGGAGAGAGCGAGAGGGAGAGUGUGUGUUUGUAAAGUAUAGCAUAAAGUUUACAAGGUACUAGUAUACAGGAGGAGUGUAGAAUUUUAAGCGUAAUACUCAUAAAAGUAGAGAAAGUCCUGUGUAGUUUACCCCUCGUGCCAUAUUUACUAAUACACCGCUAAAAGAGAAAUCGUAAAUGUAGGAGUUCGCCUGGGCAACAAUGGGAUGUGCGGAAGGAGACUCGUGUUGGCGGGAGUGUAAUGUGUAAUGUGUAGGGUGUUUGUGUGGGCGAGUGUACGGGUGAUGCGCGGGGCCGGGAGGGAGGAAAUGUGUGUGUGUGCGUGUGUGUGUGUGUGUGUAGCUACAGGUGGAGUGAAGGGGGCGGGAGGCGGAGGUUGUGGAGCGGCGCGUGUUAGAUGGCGGACCGUCUGGGAACUGCUGAGCUCAGUGUUAGAGGAGCGAGUGUUGUGAGUGCGCGUGCGUGCCGGAUGUUUACGGGCAGUGGUGCCUCGGGUUGCGAUGACGGUUGUCUUGAGUGAUGGACGAAAGGAACUUGUGAUCGUUUGAAUGUGUUAAAGUUAUGCAAGAUUGGCAUAGUAGUGUUAUCGAAUGGAAAGAAAUAAUUAUAAUUUUCCAUCUAUAACUAACCAUGUAACUUUUUCUUUAUGGUUGUGUGAUGUGAAAACAUAAUUUCAUCAAUAUGAUGAGAAAAGUGACGAGUUUCUUGAGUUGGCUUUAUGGAAAUGAAAGAAAACGCAUAAUAGCGUAUUAUUAGCUCAUCUUGUGAGUGACGUAGAAGGCAGAUGGCAGGCCAACUCAUGGAGGACUCAGCGAGCGCCUCCUUCGCCGUGCCUUCCGUCAGGAAGUCUCGGCGAGCAGGAAGGAACGGCAAAUGGUUUUCUCGCAUCCGUGUGAGCGGAAACCUCUUGGAGCGGCUGCGGCAGGAGUGUGCUGACGAGGUGGCUGACGAUGAAGACUGUCACUUUGGACAUCACGAACGUGUGUGUGACUCAAUGGCUCCCUUGGCCGAAGUGCACUGCCUUGGAAGGCCUGCCCAAGCUGUGGACAGAGCCGCGACGCCCACUAUCACUCCAUCCACCUGUGACUCCACAGAGACUCCUCAGAGUGACGCUAUAAAUAAAAACUUCCCAGCGGUGUGCCUGCACACUAGAAGUCCCUCUGAGGAUGAAGGAAUAUCGGAGGUGGCGUCCCUUCCGUCCCUUGACACAGGAAGUGAAGGUGGCAGCGGCGGCCACACAUCAGAGCCACACCACUCCCACCCCCAUCCGCCCUUUGGAACUUGCCCUCACAGUGACUACGAUGAUUACCCCAGCAGUGCACCUUCCAUCGACAACCACAAGGCGACCAUUGCGACUGAGGAAAUAAUGUUGUCCUGUAACUUAGACGACGAUGUCAUCCUCAAUUUGCCACUUGAAGGUGAAGAAGAAGACGACGACGAAAACGACACCUCUUCCUCGUCAUCUCUCGCCUCAUCCGACUCUGGGGCAGGAGGGAGUCCGGAUUUCAUCUCUCAGGAGGGCGCCGUGUGGGCCGUGACCAACUGCUUCUCGUGGCUGGAUGACGAGACAUUCGCUCUCGAGCCGCAGGACGCCAAUACCACCGACGAUGAACAAAUGGAGAACGAAGACAAGAAGGAAGAAAAUGUUACGAUGACGAACUGCGACCCUCCUACAGCUAUGAGACCAGCUAACACUUCUGUAAACGAAGGUAUCCACGUUUCCACAUCAUCACUUUGGUCCUUGAGGGGGCUCGAGUGGAGUAAGAGUGAUAAUCAAAUGUCUAGUGCCUGGGCGCCUCAGCAUAGCAGUGAGCGUCUGCCACGCGAUAUCGAGAAAGUGAUAGAAAAUGAUACUACAGAAAAAAGAGGAGAAAACGCGGAGGAAACGUGGAGUGGUAGUCGGGGAGAUACAUGUAUGACAGACGGGGCAAAAGAAAUAGAGAAAGAAGGAAGGGGAAAGGAACCAUCAGACCAUGAAAACAUAGUAGCUAACGACUUAGGAAAAAGGCCCCCACCGUCUCCCAGGAUCUGUGACGUCGCCUGGAACCUGAAGGAGGAAGAAGAGAAGGAGGGGGAGGAAGAGGAAGAGAACGGCGUGAUGUGCGGAACUCAAAGUGUAGCGAUAAACUGCACAAAAGAAGGAACUUGCGGUGAAGGAGGAGGAGUGUUAUGGGAGAGUGAAGAUGCUAACUCGCGAGGGUCUUGGUCCGAGUCCGACUGGAGCGAAGCGGACACCUGUAUCCUGAGGCAGCCGUUCGCGGAGGACUCAGACGGCGCCUCCCUGGAUUCGAUUCCCAGUGAGGAACUUGGCGCUAGCGAGCUGAGCAUCUCUCCUCCCAGCCCAGAGCUUCUGGCGGCUCCCGCGGACUUCAGUUCACCUUCUAUAGGAAUAACACAGCAGGGAGAAGAGGACCCAGGAGCACCUCACCACCACCACCACCACCACCAUUCUUCGCUAAGCUGUUUGGGUUGUUUAGUGGAAGGAGAUAAAGCUGAGAUUGAAAGGGGAGAGACUAGUAAAAGAGAAAAGGAAGAAGGAUCAUUCAGAAGUCCCACACACACCUACAGCUGGUUGACAAAGGACAGGUGGCCGCUCAGUGUCAACAGGCAUUGGUACAAAUUAGACGGGGAGCGGUCACUGGGAGGCCCGGAGCGUGAGAGCGGAAGGCGCAUGAGGCGAGGUGAUGCGUGCACUCACGAGACUCCACCGGGAAACCACGACAGAAGCAUCAGUAACUCUGGCGGCGACGAGGACGACGAGAUGGAGGAGGAAGGAGAAGGAAAGAGGGAAAAGAAAGAGCGAGAAUUCAGUAGAUGGAGAGAUUUGUGCAGGAGACUUGAAGAUCUAUCACGUGACCAUCCCUCGUAUUUAGAGUGUCACGACCACACCUCCACCACUACCGUUUCGCCGCACCCCAAGCACCCGCCCUCUCCUCCACCACGUCGCCGCCGCCGCCGCCGCCGCCGUCAGUCAUGGGCGACGGUGGGUGAAAGCUGUCAGUUGCUUGCUUACGAGAGUGCACCCGGCGACCCGUGGCUGGCUGGUAAAGAAAGCACGAAGCAGCCUCUAGCCUUGCGUGACACGGCAGAGGUGGAACAGUACGGCUGCCGUAGUGAACCCUCGCCCGAGUGUUUGUGCCGCGUGGGGGAACAGUCCGAGGAGCAGCGUGCUGGCGCCUCGAGUGACGAGAGUGAGGCUGAGUGUGUUGGUGACUUACCUGACAGAGGCGACCAACUGUGGAACAUAAAUGACUCCCUCGACUGCUACUCUCUGGGUUGUUACAGCGGGCGACACUCAAGACAAAACCAGCAGUACAACGAAGCUCCCUGGAGUGUUGCCGGCGAGACUGUGGUCGGGAACCUUGAUGCGAGUCACGUCAAUCAUGAUCCUCAUUUCAGCAAGAACAGCAGCAGAUGGAAGAGAAAAGGAAGGAGGUGGAAUGAUAUGAAAGGAAGGCUUUCUAGUCACAAUUUGGACCCAACCAGGGACGCAGAAUACACCUGGUCUCUGUCACCGUCUUGUCUGGUGAUGCCGGAGAGCAGUGAAGAGCGUGGUUACUAUCAAACAUCGUGGCCUAUUCCAGCACCUCUUCACGCCCCACUGUCAUUACCAACACCUUGUAUAUGCCAUCACGCUGCGCCACCCUCGUUGUCCUCUACACCGACAUCUUACAUGUACUGUGCCCCAGACCAGCCUGCUCUGUACCGGCCCCCCUGCCUCCCCAGCAUCCACGAACAACCACGAAAGUAUUUUCACAAUGGAAUGUUGGCUGCAGUAAAGAAGGAGAACGCGUGCAAUGAAAGAAAUUAUUGUGAUUGCGGGGCGGGUGGGGGAAGGGAAAGGGGCGACGCAGGAGACAGGUGGCCGGAGUCCGCUGGUCUGUGGCAGUUGGGAACACGCGCAGCAUAUGGUCACUAUAAUGUAUGCAAGAAAAAUGACGCACAUGGCGAGGCAGAGGGGACUUUGUCGCGUGAGUCAAGGAGAGGAAGGGGCCCCCCUGCUGACGCUGAGACACAGUGGGAAUUUUCUCCGCCCCGUGACUCUUCCUGGUUUGAGGGAAAUUUGCAUUUCCCUGACAAGACCUCCGUGUUCACUGUGGGAGACGUCGCGCUGCCCAACGCCGCGUAUCGCGGUGCCGCUACGACGACGUCCAACAGGCAAGAUGAGUGUGACCUGUACCCCUCCGAAGAGGAAGUAUCGACAAGCUUCAGCAAAAUCUACGCUAAAAUCAAAACAAGACGGGAAGGUGAAGCCAAUGGGACGCGGAUAAGUCGCGGAAAAUACCGAAGAUUCCAGACCCAGGGAUACCCAGGGAGAGGAGUCCCUGUGGAAACCAAGAAAUUAAACUCGACUUGUUUGAGGGCGAAGCGUGGUCACGUUGUUGAACCAGCAAGUUCUGAGGUAUGCAUUAGCAAAGCCAACGAGCAUCGCGCAACGAGCAUCUCGCGAGAAAACAUUCAAGACUCCGGCGCCGCCUCGUCCUCGCUUGCCUCCCUGCAGCGACGCAUGCCCGUCCCUGCGUCAUGCUUCACUCAUGCCCUCUGCUCCCGCGUGCCACUCUACAAAAGAAUUCAAGACGCAUUGUGUCGAGGCGUUGGACUCGGAACUUUGCCUACCGAGGCAGGCGAGGCGGCCAGUACCCAACAACCGGCUGAUCCAGUCACCGCCCAGCCUCGAUCACAUCUCAGGGACAGCCUAACAAGAUCGGGAGUCUCACAGAAGCUUCAGGGGAGCUACUCUCCCUCUUAUUUUCCCUUUCCCGAGGAAACAGACGUGGAACAUACAGAAGGCAACAUUAUCAUGACCAGACUGCCGGAAGGUCACAGGAGAUUUAGUUUCGACGGUGGAGGCGACGAAGGCCCGAGAAUCAGCACCUUGAAGUUGGCAGCGCGAGAGCCUCCAGAUGGAACAGCCACGCCACCGGCCCCUGUGGGAAGUUUCCUCCACCGGUUCGCUUCUGUACUGCCACCGAGCACGCGCAUACACAAACACCACCACAGUGUCGCUGACCCGCACAAGGAGCUCGUGGCUUCAGAAGAGUCUUUCCACCGCCAUUAUCUUAGUGGCGCACAAGAGGCAGAGAAGCGAGUCACUGGUUUCAGCCUCCAGGAUGCCGUACCCGCAGGGCUUCCUCCUCGCCCUGCCACUGUAACCACACAGCUGUCUGCCUCUCCAUCUGAGGAAGAGGGGUGUUCAUCACUCCUCCCGCCUUCCCCGCCUCCUUCCCCUCCACCACCCCAGCACGCCAACCCACUUCACAGACAACCACUAGAAUGCGCUUCCUCCACCGCCUUCCCUCGCCCCCUUCCCACUGCCAGUAAUAGACCACAACAAUUGCUCUGCGCCUCGGGCCGUUCAUCGCCCUGCAUCUCACGAGAUUCGCUUGAGUUACUCUAUGAUGACGGCUCUGAAUUUGGGAGUGUUUCCCUACCGAGCACUCCCGACGCCUCCCUCAGCCUUCAUGAUCUUCCUGACGACAUAGAAUUGCAGGAAUUAUCCUCGCACGACGUCAGUGAGAAUUAUCUUCCCCCGCCAGUCUUCCAGGAGGAUGAGUUGGAGUGGCUUUCUUCACGUAAUUCUUACUACGAAGAAUGCAGCAUCCCCAGUCCUCAGCUUACAUCGCCACACUGCUCUUUCCAAACCUACGCGUCUCUGCAGAGCACAGCGUUCUCAGCCUGCGAGUCCCCGCAGUGCACAUCGCCCUGCGGGGAACCACACCGCCAUACACCGUCUUCAUCCUUGGAAAUCCUCCCGCCGGGUCAGAUUAGCGGGCCGCCCAGCUCCCACAAAUCCAUCAUCCCUGAGUCACCCAGUCAACAGUCAUCCAUCCUCCUUGCUGUGGAUCCCCCCGUCCCACAGCCCCCUGAUACGUUUUCUUUAGUCGAUAUCAUGAAACUUGGUAGCUAUGACGGAUACGUAACUCUGCCCGUCACCUUCAAGUCGGCCCAGAUAGGCGAAGAUGAGGCGAGGAUGGAAUCCAUCGCCGCGCCAGGCUGCGAGGAGUCUAACACUGAGAAAUGCGCGGCCAAGAAGGAAGCAGGAAGAGGGACGCAGGGUGACGUAAUCAUCAGUACCCAGGUCCGGGUGUCACUUAGGAAGUACUGCAGACGUCGGAGAAACGGCUCCAAGAAGUUGAUCAUAAGGUUUACACUUUGUCUAGGUAAAUAUUGGGAUGAUUUAAUAUACUGAUCGAUGUUUUAGUGCUGCAACAAGGUCAUCACGAGUGCCGCAAAUUUUACAGUCGAGGAUUUUACACGGAAGCCAUGCAUGCAGUGUACUGACGAUUAAGAUAGAUUUGGAUUUUCCUUUCUAUAAAAUUACACUUCUAUUCGUCAUUCCUCAUGAUGUAACGAAACUAGAUUCAGGAAAUGGUGUGCUUUGGUGGAUAUUCCCGGCUGGGUUUCAUCUAGUGUCAGAGGAUAACGAUAUGAAUUCGCGCCGAGCGAAUUUAUUGUCUUUUAAACUUCUUUUCAAGCUGCUUGGUA